UUGGAAACGCCCAUUGCGUUGACAGGACAAAACCUAACACUAUCAACCCCUCGAUCGUCAUGGCAGCUCCUCGCAUCACAAUCACAAAGGUAGUUCCGGCCGUCAUAGUAGGCGGCGGACGAGUGGGAAAAGUCCUUCAAGCCAUGGGAAAUGGUGAAGAUGCGUUGGUGAGUAGGGGCGAACGCGUGCCCCAUGACUUUCCCGGCCCCAUCUUGGUCUGUACUAGAAAUGAUGAUCUUGAGGCUGUACUAGAAGCCACACCUAAGGCUCGCUGGAAGGAUUUGGUAUUUUUCCAGAAUGGAAUGCUGGAGCCAUGGUUCCAGAGUAAAGGCCUGGGUGAUGCCGACCAAGUUUUGGCAUACUUUGCGGUGGCUAAACUAGGUGAGCCCCCUAUCGAUGGUAAAACUGAUACAAAUCCCGAAGGCUUAACGGCAGCUUAUGGCAAGUGGGGAUCUGAAGUUGCUUCCCGAUUGCAUGCUGGUGGACUUUCCUGUAAAGUCAUUGACAAAGAGGCAUUUCAGAAGCAAAUGUUAGAAAAACUUAUAUGGAUAAGUGCAUUCAUGCUUGUGGGAGCUCGUCAUCCGGGAGCAACUGUAGGUGAUGUUGAAAAGCAGUACCGAACCGAGGUAUCCAGCCUUAUUAGUGAGCUGGCAGCAGCUGCAGCUGCAGAGAAAGGAAUACUCUUUGAAGAAACUAUGGAGGAUAGGCUAUGUGCCUACUCACGAGCAGUUUCCAACUUCCCGACAGCAGUCAAGGAGGUAGGAAAUGUUUAAGUCAGUCUUGGGGGGAUAUCAGCAUAACCACCACCUCUGAUGGGCUAACUUUGUAGUUUGUACUUUUUUGUUGGUGUUCUCCACUUCUUCCUGUAGUUCCAAUGGAGGAAUGGCUGGUUCUAUUCGCUCUCACAGAAAGCACUUGCAGCCGGAAAGCCUGAUCCAUGUCCAUUGCAUACCGCAUGGCUCAAUGAUAUAAAUGUUGUAUAAAUUAAAGAAAAUUUGAAUUGUUUGCUUAUUUUGUAUAGCUGCAUUCUCCUUCUAGGUCCUAAAAAUUAGUACAACAGCCAGUUUAGUAAGCGUUAAUUCGUGAUUAUCAGUUUCAGAUUUUUAAACAACAUCAUGAUUUAGAUUUUGCGAUGAGUACGAUUUUGCUCUGAUUUAUGAUUAUUUUAAAUACA